AGUAAUUACACUUUUGUCAACCGCUGCUAUAUUUAGCCUUACUUAUUAAACAAAACUCCAUUAGAAAAAUUAUCAAAAUUUGUUUUAGUUAAUCCAAACCAUCAAAUCAAAGCACAUAAAUAUGUCAAUUUGGAAAAAUGUGAGGCGUACGCAAAUAAUUAAAUCACUUGGUAAAUUUGAGCGCAUUGCGUUCAAUUCUUCGUCAUCAUCAUCGUCCUCCUCCUCGUCAGAUGCGGCGGCUGCGGCAUCGAUAAAUAAAAAUUUCUUGCAAAACUUGCGAUCAGAAGCAUUUGGUCAACCCACUUAUUUGACCCAUCCGCAUCUUAUAAACGAAGGAGAACUGGUAAUCGGACAAAAUGUCGAGGAAUUUCGGGAUCGACGUUUGCGACUCAUGGGUGGCAUACAAAAAUACGCUGAAGAAGAAAGCAAGGACAAAACGAAUAAAAAGGAGAAUGUGGUUAUCAUACCAUCCGCUUCCAAGAAAUAUAUGAGCGAUAAAAUACCCUACAUUUUUCGACAAAAUUCCGACUUCUAUUACCUGAGCGGUUGUCUAGAGCCGGACUCUGUGCUCGUCAUGACCAUUAAUGAAAAGGAAGACAUCAAAUCCAUGCUAUUUAUGAGGCCAAAAGAUAAACACGCUGAAUUGUGGGACGGUGCCCGAACCGGUGUUGAUAAUGCGCCCGAUCUUUUCGGUGUUGAUGAAGCAUACCCAGUGGAACAGUUCUAUAAAGUGCUUAAAAAAUAUAUUGUCAGCGAGAAACCAUUUGUUUGGUUUGAUACACCCUCAACAGAUCAGCCGAAUGUUGCUAAAGAUGUUCAAGAGGCAGCAGAUAAUAUAUCAGAGUUGAAAUCACCUUCCCUUUUCAUACAAAGCAUGCGAUUAUACAAAUCCCCUGCUGAGCAAGAUCUAAUGCGCAAAACCUGCCAAAUUGCUUCGCGAGCAAUUAAUGAGGUAAUAAGUGAAUCAAGACCGGGCAUUUCGGAGCAGCACUUAUUUGCAGCGGUCGACUAUAAGUGUCGUAUAAAAAAUGCCAGCCAUUUAGCUUAUCCACCUGUGGUGGCCACAGGCAAUAAUGCGACAACAAUACAUUAUAUAAGCAAUACACAAUUGACAAAGAGUGGCGAAAUGGUACUAAUGGACGCAGGCUGUGAAUACGGCGGUUAUACGAGUGACAUAACACGCACAUGGCCCAUAGACGGUAGUUUUACGCCAACCCAAAAAGUUUUGUACGAUGUGGUACUGCAACUACAAAAAGAAUUGAUAUCUACUUUGCUCAAAACCGGUGGUGAGACACUGGAUCAACUGUUCGAUACAAUGUGUAUAAAAUUAGGCAAAUAUCUACAAGAAGUUGGUAUAGUGCCUAAGAGUAUUUCGGACGACAUUGGAUAUGCGCGGGCCGGCUAUAAAUUUUGCCCACAUCAUGUUUCCCACUAUCUUGGCAUGGACGUGCAUGAUACGCCACUAAUACCACGCUCAUUGCCUGUGCAGCCCGGUAUGGUGUGCACGGUGGAACCUGGUAUUUACAUAGGUCAAGAUCGACAAGAUGUGCCAAAGGAAUUUCGUGGAAUCGGUAUACGCAUCGAAGAUGAUGUGCUGAUCACGGCAGACAAUAACGUUGAAAUACUUACCGCAGAAUGCGUAAAAGACCGUGAAGAGAUGGAGAAUAUAUUUUUGUCAAAGCGAUAAUGCCAGUAAAAAA